GUUCACUAUUGCUCGUUUGCCCAGUGUUCCAAAAUCAAACGGUCGGAGCGCGCGCGAGAUAGCGCUCCCGGUCUUGCCGAUCACGUUACAUAAUUCAUGAAAAAUAUCAAGUGUUUUAUUUUUAAGACAACAUAGUGUAGUGCUCAGUGCUAAGAUAAAGAUUGAUUUUAUUAUUCAUUCCCCAUUUUUGAAUGCAAGGAAACCAUAAAUAGCCAGCAAUGGACAAACCAACAAUGCAUAUGCUCUCCGUACAGGAGAGAGGUGGUGAGACGAGAAAGGUCAAUCAAUUUGUUGCCGCUGUUGCGGCGGCUAUCGGAGCUGUAAUUGCCGGCACGAUCCUCGCGUGGACCUCACCAGCUUUGCCUCAGCUCCAGCCGUUAAUGGUCAAGAACCCUAUUACCAACGUCACAGAGGACGCUAGUGUACAAUUCGAAAUCAGGAAUGGCACAAACUACACCGUGCUAUACAAUUCAUUGAACCAGACAGCGGAAUUCCUUUUGGAUACCAAAGACAGCGGUCUGGUCUCAUCAAUAUUGGCUAUAGGAGCGGCGAUCGCAGCAUUACCUGUGGGAGUGCUGGCCCAGAAGAUCGGUCGUCGGCCUACAAUCCUUAUUCUCUCCAUUCCGUUUAUGCUGAAUUGGCUUCUUAUCAUCUUCGCUAAUGGUGCCGGUAUGCUGAUUGCUGCAAGAUUCUUCGCUGGUCUUGGCACUGGUGGUAUCUGCGUUGCAGCUCCAAUGUACAUCGGUGAAAUCGCCGAAACUUCGAUUAGAGGCGCUUUAGGAGCCUUCUUCCAGCUAUUUUUGACUGUUGGAAUCCUCUUCACAUUCGUUGUUGGUGGAUGGACGCAUUGGAGAACUCUGUCCAUUAUAUCUGCAGUAUUUCCGCCUCUUCUAGUAAUUGUAUUUUGGUGGAUGCCAGAAACUCCUCAGUACUUGCUGGGAAUGAAUAGAAGACGAGAUGCUGAGAAAGUUUUACGUUGGUUACGCGGGCCCAAUGCUGAGCUUAGCGGUGAACUCGAAGACAUGCAGAAAGAGGUGGACGACGCAGCACGGCAAAGCGCAAGCAUCGCGACUAUGUUGAAGAACCGCGCAACGCUCAUGGCAUUUAUUUGUUCCCUCGGCCUCAUGUUCUUCCAGCAGUUUAGCGGCAUCAACGCAGUCAUAUUCUACACCAACAACAUCUUCCAGUCAGCUGGUUCAAAUAUUCAUCCAACAAUUGCCACAAUUAUCGUUGGUGUGGUACAAACUAUUGCCACUGUACUCAGUUCCCUGCUCAUUGAGCGCGCUGGUCGCAAACUUCUCUUGCUUCAAAGUUGUAUCAUCAUGGGUAUCAAUCUAAUUAUUUUGGGCAUUUAUUUUAAACUCCAAGAGGCUAAGUACAACGUUUCAUCUGUCGGGUGGAUUCCUCUAGUAUGUUUGAUCUUGUUUAUCAUUUCGUUCUCUCUAGGCUUCGGCCCUAUACCUUGGAUGAUGAUGGCUGAACUUUUCCCCGUGGAAUACAGAGGUACUGCCUCCGGUAUUACUGUGAUUAUGAAUUGGUGCCUUGUUUUCAUUGUGACACUUUGUUUCCCAAUAAUGAAAGAAGCUAUCGGUAUUUACAGCUGUUUCUGGUUCUUUGCUGGAUUCAUGGUCGUGUGUACGUUCUUCGUGCUGUUUUUGAUACCGGAGACUAAAGGCAAGACUGUAGCACAGAUUCAAGCCAUUCUUGCUGGUAGGAGGUAAAUCUUAAUUAAAUUGCGAGUGUGAGACAUUUACCAAGUCCUCAUUCUGCAGGAUCGUUCGUUCCAAACUAGAACCAUUACUGGAUUAAGGUAGUUUGUCACGGAUUAAUUUACAAACAAAAGUUUAAGCUUAUAAUCAAAGUUUGGAUACGGAAAACAGUAAACGUAUCUUAGUUUGGUACGAUCAUUCCUAGUGUUUCUUUUGCGCCAAUAUAAAAUUAUACGACCAAAAAAACUCAAUGAAUCUUUUUUGGUUAUAAUUGUGAUUGAAAUGUCAAUAAAUAAAUGGGUAUAAUAAUUGUAUACGUAAUAAUAAAUACUUACUGCAACGUUUACAUUUUUAUAAAUACAUUUACAUUGUUAUUAUGACGUACAUAUUUACAAAGGGUUGGGUAGAAUGCGCGCUGUCUUAAAUAAUACUCGAUGCUUAAAUGUCAUAAAUACUUUCUUCUUUGUAUUUAAAAUGCGAAAUACAAAAUAUAAUCAUUACCAUAUAACACUAAACGAACACAGGGAAAAUAUUAGAAAUUUCAGGAAAAAAUAGUUAAAUAUUUGAAAUUCCAAUUACAAAAUACAUUUUUACUAAUUGAAAUACAGAUACAAAAUACGUAUCUAUAUUUCAAAUUCAGACAAAUCAACAGCUUUUGCAAAAACUUUUUGCCCGCCAUUUUUUCAAUAUGGCCGCCAUACGUCAAACCUGCACUGUUUUGGGGUUACGAUUGGUUUUAUAUAUCCGCAAAGGACACUAAGAUUGAUCGAUAUACGUAACGUUAGUAUUAUAGAGGACAACAUUGAAAAUUACACCGUAAAUUUUGUGCGAAGCCAAGAUCAUCGUAUGAUCAGGAAAAUGACAAACAUAAGGUUAUCUUAGAGGUUUGUUAGAUGCUCCUUCGUAGUGUUGGCAACCAAAUAUUCACCUUUCAUUCGAAUAUGUAAAUUAGUACAAAUGUGAUAAAAUACUCAGUGAUUUUUGGUCCGCUUUUUAGCGAAUUCGUUAACGAAGACUGUCAAAUUUGUGUUUAGAAUAUUUAAUGAGUACGUGGCCCUUUACCUCCACAAUAGUAACAUUAAUAUUAUAAUCAAAUGAUAAUCAACAAACAAAGGUAAAAUCAGUUUUGGCUUGUUCAGGAGAAGUAAUAAUUGUGUCACAAUAAUGACCCGAACGUUUGUAAUUGCUAUGCCGCUCGCGUGGCAUACAAUGUUCUUCAUCACACUUGCGAAGAAGUUAAAAAAAAAGAAAAUUAGACGUGAAAAACGUAACAUUAUUAUGUUCGCAUUAUAUGUACUAAAUUUUAACAUCUCGAGAAGAAUUAUAUAAAGACUUUUUUUGCGUUAAAUCUUUGUGAAAUGUGAUGAAAAGCAUUUUACACAUCAAAUUAAUUAAAUCAAGAAAUAAAAAUAUGUAAAGCGACCGAAGUUACUUAUGUUAACAAUAUUUUUUAAUAAUUUACUAAAAUAAGAAAAUCGUAAAUCAAGGAAUUAAGUCAAUAAAGAUAAGUAUAAAUGAAUAGUAAAAAGUGCCAAAUAUUAACAUUCGUUUCUUAGCUCUGCACAUUUAUAAUUUGUUAAUGUACCUACUCCGAAAUUCCAGUUAGACUUUCAGCUAUUUAAUAAUUACGUUUCAUAGAAUACGUAAAUAAAUGUAAUACUUAUUUUAAAGUGAAAAUAUGAAUGAAACACAGUUACUAAUGUUUGGUCAAAGUAAUAUCUGACUAUAAUUUCACUUAUAUAGGUACUAUCUAAUGCAAAUCAGAUGUAUAAAAAUAUUUUUAUAUAAAAAUGUGUACAUUUUUUAUAUAAA